AUGGCUGCAGCUACGUCGUCACCUGUCGACGUGUCCGCGCAGCUUCCAAGCGACGUAUACCAAGAGCAUUUCGAUUUCAUUGACGCUGUCCGCGACAUCGUUGCCUCCAUCGAUGGUCAGACCCCGGACGGCGUGGUACGCGCCCAAGUCGAGCUGAUCCUAGCUCUUGUCGGUAGAGACUUACUGAAACUUCACCGCCUCGUUGAAGUCGUCAACGCCAGGAUUGUGAGUCGAUCGAGCUGGGCCAUAGCAAUAGGCGUCAAGUUCUACAGGGCACUCUUCACCGCAAUCGAUCCGAAUCUGGAGCUCGACGUCUUCAACGUUAAGAGGACCACGGGCGCUGACAUCGCCGGCGUGUACAUUCUUGAAGUUGCUAGACAGUUCACUGCCAAGUCAGAAUGGGCACCUGGAUCUGUCAACGUACUGGAGUUCUCACUGUGCCUUCUCAGAGCCUCUUCGAUCGGACAACGCGGUUUGGUUAUAGCGAAGAAGCUGGGUUGCGGUCUAUUGGAGAAGAUGGCUACGUCACCCUACCUGCCGUUUUACAACAACUACGACAACUUCUCUACAUUCGCUUACAAAGUUAUCCCUCUGCUUGACACCACAGAUGCGAACUCGAAAUCUAGCCGCGUAUCAGACAUCCUACAAGCUUUGAAAGAGGCAGAAUAUGAAAGGACGAAUGAGGAUAAGGCCGAACUAGAGCUCAUGUGCCAUGAAAUGGGACGGUCCGACCUCUACCAGAAACAUACGGAGGACACUGUGGUCGAGCAUAUAGACUCUCCUGAGUUCGAUUACGUAUACAGCCAGGGCCGAUUCAGCCUCGUUCCACUUCAGAAGCUCGACCAGGAGAUCAAAACUAGCUGGAAGCUGUUCACCACAACACCGGCUUGGGAAUUGCCAGCUAUCGAACGUUUGCUCAAGAGCAUCUCCGAAGCCAUGAAGAUUGACGCUCCAACAUGGGUACAGACCGUUACGCUCGACAUGAUAGAGGUCAUAAUGCAGUCAGAGCAUCUUUUCUUGAACCAGAACCUGCAGAUACUGGUCGGCUUUAUCCGUUCUGUUGCGCCGGCGCUUGACGAUAUGGCUGAUACUCAUCAAUGUGGUCGAUUGACGGCUCUGCUACAUGAUCUCAGUAUUCAUAGCUGUGUGCAGUCAGUACAGGAUCGCGAUGCCAUCGAGGUUCUCCGCCGAGACCUGGGUAGAAUCGUGCGACGUCCUACAACACAGCCUGCGGGCGAUGGGCUUCAGGAAGAUGAGCUUUCGGGGGCUGUCUCCAAGCUCGAUAUCGACUGA